CUCCGCUUGCCCGUCUGACCCUCCGUUCCGCGCCCCCGAGCUCGACCUCAACUGAGACGCGGGACACGGAUAGAGAGGCUACGAGCAUCGACCUACUCGCUCCUGGAGAUCCAAAUCACUUACUCUCUCUCUCAAGCUGCAGUGCUGCGGGACAUGGAUAUUGAUGCACUCUCAUAGCCUCAAGUGCUCUCUAUCAAGACAGUUCACAGCGCAGCCCUAGCAGCACUCGCUCUUCAUGGUAGUCUGCAAAUUCUUCCUCCAAGAUCGCUGCGUCUUCGGCGACUCGUGCCGCAACGAGCACCCAACAGGCGGCUCAGCUAGCGGCGGCGGAGGCUUCGGCUCAACGUCCGCUUUUGGUGGUGGUGGAGCCGCUGGUGGUGGUGCUAGAGCGAGAAGCGGAGGCUUCGGAUCAGCUGCACCUCCUCCCACCUUUGGCGGAGGAGGCUUUGGUGGUGCCAGUGGAGGGUCCGCUUUUGGCGCUAGCACCGGUGGCAGUGGCAGCGGAGCAGCGACUGGUUCUGCUUUUGGCAGCUUUGGCAACAAGACUGCUACUUUCGGCGGGCAAGGAGGUGGGACGACGACGAGCGCGUUUGGACAGCCUGCUACGGGGAGCGCCUUUGGCCAAGCAGCAGGGCCUACUGCUUUCGGUGGUGGUGGUGGCGGCGGUGGCGGCGGCUCAGCUUUUGGCGCUGCUCCCACCGGCUCAGCGUUUGGCAGCAGCGGUAGCGGCAGCGCCUCGGCUUUCGGAGGCGCAGCAUCCACUGCGCCUUCAGCCUUCGGCCAGCCAUCCGCCUUUGGCGCCUCUUCUCAGCCGCAGCAACAACAGCAAUCAGGCUCAGCCUUCGGAGCCUCUCAGCCAAGCGUGUUCGGGUCCACUGCCGCGCAGUCAGCGCCACUUGGCGGGCCAGCAAACCAAGCCCCUCCCCACACCCACCCAGGGCAGGUGAACCUCACCCCUUCCGGCCUGGAAGAAGACCUCAGACUCAAUCGGCCCUUAUACCGCCCUUCGGUAUUUGGCCCAGCAAAAUACGAGCCCAAUCUACUCUUCUCUGGGUCAGACACCUCACCGGAGGAACUGCGCCUGCAGGCACUAGAGGCUGCGGGUACGAAUAGGGGGCAGGAAUAUACAAACUAUGAGGCGCAGCUGUUCGCCAGACAUGAUGGCGACGUGGGGAGGGCAUUGGCUGACUCGAGAGGGGCGCAUCAAUUGGCGGAGCGCAAUAGGGAAGAGGCGAUCAAGAGGAUGAAGGGGGGAAACAAUCCCGCGCCCUCACAGCCUGCGGGAUCGGCCUUUGGUGGCGGAACGCAACAGACAAAUGUGUCUGCCUUUGGGUCGACGUCGACACCGCAGAAGCCUGCUGCGGCUUCCGCUUUUGGGCAGCCAUCAGCUUUCGGCUCGACGACGACGCCUUCAACAUCCGGCUUCGGACAGCCUAGCGCAUUCGGUGGCGCGUCAUUGCCAACACCAUCAGCAUUUGGGUCGGUAGGAAGCUCGGGAGGCUUUGGAGGCUUUGGCGCCGGCGCAGCAGGGACCGCUCAGCAGAGCUCGACCAGCACGCCGUCCGCCUUUGGAGGGGGCGCUUCUGGCGGUGGUAGCUCAGCGUUCGGUCAGCCCUCCGCCUUUGGUCAACCAUCAGCGUUUGGGUCCACUGCCAAUCAGGCACAGCCAUCAACAUCAGGGGGCUUUGGCCAGCCCAGCGCAUUUGGGUCUGCCACGCCGUCAUCGAGCGCGUUUGGAGGAGGAGCAGCGAGCACGCCGACACAGCCCUCAGCCUUUGGCGCAUCGACCACUCCUGCAGCAGCGCCCACAGCACCAUCAGCCUUUGGCGCCUCAAGUAGCGCCUUCGGCACCUUCGGCAGCGGUAACAACGCAACGUCAACUGGCGGUUUCAGCAAUACUGCUCCCCGUCCAGCAGCUCAAGAUGAUCCCUACGCAGCCUUGGCAACAAAGGAGGCGGAUUUGCCGCAAGCGAUCAUGGAUCUGUUCAAUCAGGCUGAGUUCGAGUGGGGGAAAGUGCCAGGUGUUGAGCCACCAUUGAGUGUGAGAUGACGGAAGGUGCGGAAAGAGAGAAGAAAUCUAUGUAACAUUACACAUCGUGCCAUUCACAUCGACAAUCACACGGCAUCACGCCUUCAUCUUCUGAUCCUCCUCUCCAUCCUCUUCAUCCUCCUCCUCAACAGCUCCCACGGUAUACUCCCCAAUGAGGUCCCAUCUGCUCCCUCCUGCGCUCGCAUUGAGGUAUUUGAUAAAGUGCAGCACGCCCUCGUCUCUCAAGGCGACGGAGAGGGUGUUGAAGGACGGCGUGAGGUUGAGAAGGACGCCGUCAAAGUCUGAAUCGGCGUCAUCAUCGUCGAGCUCUUCCAUUUCCUCGUCUUCGCCCUCCUCAUCCUCGGCUUUCUGGCCAUCCUUGGACUCUGCUGCGUUGCCCUCCUCCUUCUUCUCUCCGCUGGGAUCGCCAUUCUUGGCGCCAGACCCACCUUGCCUAUACACCUCCCCUGUAGCUCCCUCGUCUUCAUCAUCUGGAGCCAUAUAGCAUGCCCAUCCUCCAG